AUGCUGGAUCUGGAGGUGGUCCCUGAAAGAUCACUUGGAAAUGAACAAUGGGAAUUUGCCUUAGGGAUGCCAUUGGCCCAGGCCAUCUCUAUUCUCCAGAAACACUGUCGAAACAUAAAAAAUGUCCAGGUGCUUUACAGUGAACAGCUUCCGCUUAGUCAUGACCUUAUUCUGAACUUGACUCAGGAUGGGAUCAAACUGCUGUUUGAUGCCACAAAUCAAAGACUCAAGGUCAUUGAAGUUUACGACCUUAGCAAAGUCAAAUUAAAAUACUGUGGUGUGCAUUUCAAUUCUCAAGCCAUUGCUCCUACUAUAGAGCAAAUAGACCAGUCGUUUGGAGCUACACACCCAGGAGUUUACAAUGCGGUGGAGCAAUUGUUCCAUCUCAAUUUCCGCGGCCUGUCAUUCUCUUUUCAACUGGACUCAUGGAAUGAAGCUCCAAAAUAUGAGAUUCCUCAUGGGGCCAUGGUGAAAAGAAUGCAUAUCUAUACAGGCAACAACCUGCAGGAAACAAGAGCACCAGUCAUGCCGUUGGCCUGUUUCCUUGGUAACAUCUAUGCAGAGUGCGUAGAUGUGGUGCGAGACCAGGCUGGACCCCUGGGGCUGAAACUCCGCCUACUCACUGCAGGUUGUGGACCUGGUGCGAUGGCAGAUUCCAAAGUCCGCAGUAUAGAGAAGAGCAUCUCUUUUGGUGAUUCAUGUCAGGAUGUGUUGGGAGCUCUGGGCUCACCACACAAAGUAUUUUAUAAAUCUGAAGACAAGAUGAAGAUCCACUCUCCGUCCCCUCAUAAGCAGGUUCCUUCUAAAUGUAACGACUACUUCUUCAACUACUUCACCCUGGGAGUGGAUAUCCUGUUUGAUUCCACCACUCACCUCGUCAAAAAGUUUGUCCUUCAUACAAAUUUUCCUGGACACUACAACUUUAAUAUAUAUCAUCGAUGUGACUUCAAGAUUCCAAUUGUCAUUAAAAAAGAGGGAUCUGACUCUCAGACUGAGGAAUGCAUCCUGACCACUUACAGCAAGUGGGAUCAAAUUCAAGAACUAUUUGGACAUCCAAUGGAAAAACCUGUUGUCCUCCACAGGUCUUCAUCGGCUAACAACACGAAUCCAUUUGGCUCGACCUUUUGUUUUGGAUUGCAGAGGAUGAUCUUUGAGGUGAUGCAGAAUAACCACAUAGCAUCCGUUACACUGUACGGCGCACCGCGGACCACCGGUCAACCUCGGCCCGGGUCGAGUAGCAGCUCCCAUUGA